AAGCCUUAUAAGUUCGUACUGCAACUUUAGUACCUUCAAUCCCAUCGAUCCAAACUUUCUCAAGAGCCCAGCAAUACCCAAACCCUCUGUUUCCUCAAGAGUACGACGCAAGUACGAGGAUCUGAGAUUCACCAACGUAGUCUUCGAACGAGGAGGGAGUGUAAUUGUCCCAGUUUAUACAAAGAUAUAGAAGAUCAUGGCAGACCUAGAAAAUUUGCUCCUGGAGGCUGCAGGAAGAACCAGUUCAGCAGGCAGAAACCGGAACUCACUUCCAUCAUCUAGAAGGCGACGUGAAGGUUCAUAUUCUGAUGGUGGAAGUGACUCUAGGGAUGAUGACUCAGAUGAUGAUCGUGGUUAUGCUAGCAGAAAGCCUUCUGGAUCCCAAGUUCCUUUGAAAAAGAGGUUGGACCCGACUGAAAGAGAUGAUGAUCUGGGCAGCCAAGAAGAAGGUGAUGGUGGUGUUUCUGAUCGUGAGGGUGACACCAGUGAUGAAUCUGAUGUUGGGGAUGAUCUUUACAAGAAUGAAGAUGACAGGCGAAAGCUUGCACAGAUGACUGAACUUGAAAGAGAGAUGAUCUUGUCAGAUAGAGCAUCCAAGAAAAUUGAUAAGAAUUUGAGGGAGAAAAUAAGAUCCAAGCGGGAGAGUGGAAAGACGACCCAAUCUCGAAAAGAGACUCCACCUCUUCCACCAUCUCGUAUGCGCUUGUCAGCUAGAUCUGCUGAUCGGUCAGCUGCAAAGGAUGACGCAUUGAAUGAAUUGCGAGCAAAACGGUUGAAGCAGCAGGACCCUGAGGCUCACCGGAAGUUGAGAGAUGCAUCUAGAGGAAGUUCAGGGGGUCGAACUUUUUCUCCGAAGCGAAAAUCCUUCAGUAGAGCAAGUCUGAGUAGCUCCAGUCAGAGCGAGAGUGAAAGUAGGUCCCACAGUGAAGAUGAUGGUUCAACAGGAGAUGCUGCAAUGAUUGACAGUGAUGACGAGAGAGGCAUGCUGGGAUCUGAUGUGCCAUCUUUUGAAGAUAUAAAGGAAAUUACUAUCAGGAGGUCAAAACUUGCAAAAUGGUUUAUGGAGCCAUUCUUUGAGGAGUUGAUAGUGGGUUGCUUUGUUAGGGUAGGAAUUGGGAGGUCAAAGUCUGGGCCUAUAUAUAGGCUCUGCAUGGUUCGGAAUGUUGAUGCCACAGAACCUGAGCGGCAGUACAAACUAGAGAAUAAAACCACAUAUAAGUAUCUAAAUGUUGUUUGGGGCAAUGAAAGCUCUGCUGCUAGGUGGCAGAUGGCUAUGGUUUCUGACUCUGGACCACAGGAGGAAGAGUAUAAACAGUGGGUUAAGGAGGUAGAACGAAGCGGUGGCCGGAUGCCAAUCAAACAUGAUGUGUUGGAAAAGAAGGAGGCCAUUAAAAAAACCAACUCAUAUGUUUACUCAGCAGCCACUGUGAAGCAGAUGUUACAAGAGAAAAAGUCUGCUUCAUCUAGACCAUUGAACGUUGCAGCUGAGAAGGACCGGUUGAGGAGGGAGUUGGAUAUUGCACAAAGCAAGCACGAUGAGGCUGAGGUGGAGAGGAUCAAGAUAAGAUUGCAGCAAUUAGAGGCCUCCAGGCAAACGCAGGAUAAAGAUUCCAAGGCUAUUAGGCUGGCUGAGAUGAACAGAAAGAACCGGGUUGAGAAUUUCAAAAAUGCAUCGGAAAUGAAACGGGUAAACACAUCUUUGAAAGCGGGGGAGGCUGGCUAUGAUCCCUUUUCAAGGAGAUGGACUAGGUCAAGGAAUUACUACGUUUCAAAGCCCGGUGGAGUAGCCCCAGUGGCAAACGGUGAUGCUAUUGGGGCAUCUGCCACUGCAAUCAGUAAUGGGGCUGGAGAUAAGGUAACCGCAGAAUUUGGCAUGGAAGCUACAGCCGCAGCCUUGGAAGCUGCAGCUGAUGCGGGGAAGUUGGUUGAUACUAGUGCUCCUGUGGAUCAAGGGACUGUAUCAAAUAUUCUGCAUAAUUUUGAGCUGCCGAUUUCAUUGGCGGCACUUCAUAGAUUUGGUGGGCCCCAGGGAGCUCAGGCUGGAUUUAUGGCCAGGAAACAGAGGAUAGAAGCAACGGUUGGAUGCAAAGUCCCGGAGAAUGACGGUAGGAGGCACGCCCUGACCCUGACAGUUAGUGACUAUAAGAGAAGAAGAGGGCUUCUCUGAAAUGCUGUUCCACAGUCAUGUCAGAUACAUGACUUCAUUAUGUGCUUUCUUGAGUCAAAUUGAUUCAGUAAUUGCAGAUUUGAAAGGUAAAUACUUGUGUCCUCGAACAAUUUUUCUUGUACAAGUUUUCCUGGUAAGUACUAUUAGGUUUUGUUUUGUGGAAUUUGGCUUUAAUGGUUUCAUAAUAAUAUAAUCAAAUCCUAUAAUCAUUUUGUAUCUGUAGAAACUGUAGAAACUGAAGAUUUUAGUUGAAAUAGAGUUGGAGAAAUUCAGAUAUUGAGGUUUUGUCUUCU